UGUACGCAUACGGUGUACUAAUGCUGAGAACUGCAGUGGAGGUUUUUUGUGUGUGUGUGUGUUGUUGGCGCUGGCUUGGCACAAAAGCUUUUGAUUGACGGGUUGUUAUCGACAAGGCGACGGGAGUAUGUUUAAUCAGUGGUGCUUUUUUGAGAUUGGGUACAGUUGAGGUCUACCCGCGAUCGGCUCGCUAACAGUACACUCCGAGCUUGCAGCGCUGGCACUUUCCCGUCUACAAUCGCUGGCUAGUGCCUACAUUCAGUUUACCAAUACACCACCGGUUAGCGCAGCAGUCAGUUGGUCCAGAGAUUUGUGAUCAAUGUGUGUUGUGUGAACCGUUCGCUGCAUGAGAGAGAUCAGAGUCUGCAUUGCGCUCUCACACGUGAACUUGUAAAUCACUCAUCGUGGGGACUUCAACAAAUUUUUUUCUCUCUUUUCUCUGGAGGAUUUUAGCCCGAAGCUUUCUCAGCUAAAGGGUAGUGGCCGGUAGACGCACAGCCUGCACAGUGAUGUUUUUCAACACCGUGAAUGCGAGCGUUUCACACCAGUUUUGACCGCUGAGUUUUCGCGCGUGUCAAAAAAGACUCUUUGAUCGCCGUGUGGUGAGCUAUUUGCUGUAUUGAUCUGUAUACUGUUGCCGUUUUCUUUUCCCUUCUGCACAUGCAGGUUGGUUGAAGGACCAUACAUUAUACACACGUGUACAUACUGUGAUACUGUGGGGAGCUCUCUGUGUUAGUGUAAGCAAGAACGAAGGUCGACACCGAUAAGCUCUCCUGACUCUGUUUUUCUAUACACAGCAGAGGGGAAAAAUGUAGAGCGAGGUGGAACAUUACUACGUGAAAACAUUGAGCCGAUGACAACGGGAGGGCCUCCAGGGAACGGGACAAUUCGACUCAUUCUACCCACCACAUAGCGGAGCUUUUACCCACUGGAGUUGUUUUUCCUGUGUGUGUUUAGCCGGCGUGUCUUGGAUUUGUUACAGUGUCAUAGUGUGAGACCAUGGCCUGUUCGUGCGAGGAGGGAUUUCAUCCGGUGGAUUUGCACCGUGGUGGCCCCGGUGUUGCCGGCCGAGCCACCGGUGACCGCAGCGGGGUGAUCCCCGUGAGACUCCCGUCACCGUGGACGGUGUUUACGCUGCUGGUGAUGGUGCUGUUGGCGUGCCCGCCCGGUGCCCGGGGGCAGGAUCACUUUGACGAGUUUAACCCCAAGCCGCAGCAGUGCAUGCCCAUCACCAUCAAACUCUGCCAGGAUGUUGGAUACAACGUGACUCGGAUGCCCAACUUAGUUGGGCACGAGCUCCAGCAAGACGCUGAGCUCCAACUCCAGACCUUCACUCCUCUCAUCCAGUACGGCUGCUCCUCCAACCUCCGUUUCUUCUUGUGCUCCGUGUAUGUGCCCCUCUGCACCGAGAAAGUGGACAUCCCAAUCGGGGCUUGUCGGCCCAUGUGCGAACGGGUCAAGAACAAGUGCGAGCCGGUUCUGAAGGAAUUCGGUUUCAAUUGGCCGGCUACUCUCAACUGCUCCAAGUUCCCGCCGCAGAACGACGCCCGGACUAUGUGCAUGGAGGCGCCGGAUCCAGAUCCGGAUUCUACAAACCCGGACGGGGGUCCCGGAGGGGGCGGGAUGCGCCCGAUUCCGACCAUCCCAUCCCCAGGUGGUCCCAGCGAUAGGGACUGCCAACACAAGCGCCACCCGUACAAGUGGCACUACGUCAAGCGGUACGAGCAGUGCGCCCUGCGAUGCAACCAGAACCUGCUCUUUAACUCCAACGAGAAGCACUUUGCUCAGAUCUGGAUGGCCAUCUGGGCCAGUGUGUGUUUCCUGUCCACAACCCUGACCGUGCUGACCUUCGCCAUCGACCCUUCCAGGUUCCGCUACCCGGAGCGACCCAUCAUCUUCCUGGCGAUCUGCUACAGCGUCUACAGCAUCGCCUACGUCGUACGGCUGGUGGCAGGCUAUUCUAAGAUCGCUUGCGAUGAUGACGGCGAGACGAGCUUCCUGAUCAGCGAGGGUCUUGAGAACACUGGAUGCGCAGUGACCUUCCUCCUCCUCUACUUCUUCGGGAUGGCAAGCUCCAUCUGGUGGGUGUUCCUCACUUUUACCUGGUUCCUUGCAGCGGGACUCAAGUGGGGCCACGAAGCCAUCCAGAUGCACAGUACGUACUUCCACUUAGCAGCCUGGGGCAUCCCCUUCGUCAAGACUGUCAUCGUGCUGAUCAUGAGGGUUGUGGACGCGGACGAGCUCACGGGGAUGUGCUACGUGGGCAACCAGAACCUGGACGCCCUGACGGGCUUCGUGUUGGCCCCGCUCUUCACCUACCUGGUCCUGGGGACUUUAUUCCUCCUGGCCGGGUUCGUCUCACUCUUCAAGAUUCGCUCGGUCAUGAAGAACGACGGGACCAAAACGGACAAACUGGAGCGGCUCAUGGUCAAAAUUGGCCUGUUUUCUGUGCUCUACACGGUGCCGGCCACCAUCGUGGUGGCCUGCCACUUCUACGAGCGCUCCCACAGGACGGUCUGGCUGAUCGCGGGACUCACCCCCAACGUGGAAGUCUACAUGCUGAAAAUUUUCAUGUCCCUGGUGGUUGGGGUCACCAGCGGUAUGUGGAUUUGGUCGGCCAAGACUUUGGUCUCGUGGAGACGGUUCACGAACAGUUUAUUCCCCACUAUCUGCGGGGGCAAAGAAGGCAACGUCUACGUUGGACCAGGUGGGAACGAAACAGCCGUGUAAUAUUUCUCAUUUUUUUGGAAAAGAAAAAAAGCUUUAAACCAAACAAAUCCUUAUUUGCUACUUUGUAAGUUAUUAUAAAUAUAGACUGUUUUUAUAUAUAUUAUUAUUAUUAUUAUUAUUAAUAUAGACCCAACUCAAUGCUAACCGUAAACCAUGCCUGUGCCUGAAAACGUAUUGUUUGACCGUAAAAACUCUUUGGUUUAACAACGGCUAGGUCUGGUUCUUUCUUUGUACAUUGUUAUUUAUAAAACUUGUUACUAAGCUUGUCGGUAAUUAUAUCACUCUAAAGAUGACCAAGGGGUGCCAUUCGCUGAGGACUCUUUGAUGGUACUUCACAGUGGCUUCAAUCGAUUCCAUCUCCUCCCCUCUUAAGCCAAAAAAAAAGUAUUAAGCUCUCUUCUCUCUUGCGAGAGCGGACAAUGAGCGGUGUGGUCUCGGGAGUAAAUACCGUUAAAUGUGCCUCGGUCCGGGCAUUGUGUUCCCCGGACCCGGCACCGGUAUUGUUACCCUCCCCUUUUUUUGCUGUGAAGGACCUCCAAAAAGGGGUGAAGCGAGUCGGAACAAAUUAAUGUCAAUCUCUCAACGGUCAAUGGAGGGAAUCAUCCCCCUUUGCCACCGCGCCACGGUAGGGUAGUUCGGUGUCUGUUCAAAUCAGGUAGAUUCGCGUUAGUCACAGAUCACGGGCUCUUUUGGCGUCAGCCCAUUUGUAUCAAACGCAAUGCAGCAAACCCUUUUCCUUUUUUUUUUGGUCCAAAAAGAACCAAAACAGAAGCCUUUUCAGAAACAGGGGCAGGCAAAUGAGCUGGGGAUUUUUUUGGUGGUCAUUAAAAUCAGAGGAGCCGUAAAUUUACAAGGUAUUAGCGGGUAAAAUGUUUAAUGCGCCAUGACGUGCGUUGUGCGCAUCCACCAAUGUGUUAUUGGUCAUGAUGGAGUAUUUUACCAGAAAUGUAUGUUUGCGAAAUUUGAAAGAGAUGUGGCGUGAUUGACAUUUAAAAAAAUAAGUUAACAUUUUUUGGUUUCUGACAAAUUAUGCGUGCCAAACAUGGCAGAUUUCACUAUCGUGUGUUGUUACACAUUUUCCAGUAUAUCUAGAACUGAAUUCGGGCCACCUAUCUACUUUACUUUUAAAAGAUGUUCUAUUUUUGUUCAUGGGUUACGAUCUACAGUUUUGAAUCUUUUUAUAUAUUUGACUGAGAUCACUUCCACGUAUGCACAUGUUUUAAGAUAAUUGGUAAGUUAUUCUUUUGUCACAAAAAGGUUCUUGACCUCAUGUUUCAAAUCAAUGUCAUGAAUUGGUUUGACGUAUCUGGCGCUUACAGGGUGCAUAACAUUUCGUUUGGAUUUCGGCAAAAUGAAAAGAAAAAAACACUUUGCUGUCAGAAAGUCAUGACAGUACGUUGACAGCGGAAUGUUUUAACCUGCACAUGCCCUUCGUCACAAAUUACACAUUGUGUUGAACUUUUGAACUUCGUAACAUUGAUGUGUGAACUUGAUUUAAAGUGACACAUUGCCUUCUGUCCUCGGGCUGUUCUGUAUUGGGAGAAGAAAAACUACAGGUGUCAAUUUAAUGUGGUGAAAUGACUCGAUAGCAUUCGAGAUAGAAAACACUUGUCAUUAAUUUCUUACAAUGUUAUAUACACGAGUGAGAAUUAUUCCAAAAUAGGCCAUGACGGGCCUGUCCUGUUUUACCACAUCCAAACCUCUUUGAACGAAUUAAUAGAAACCAAGUCAUUUAGAAUGAUCUCCAUAAUGAAUGAUUAAAAAAAGUCCAUGUUCCACCAAUAGAGACAGAAAGAAAGACAGCAAAUUUGGCGCCAAAAGUUCUCACAAAAUGAUUGAAAAAGCUUAAAUACAAACAUAACAUCAGUGUACAAUGGAGAUGUGAUUUCACGAUUCUGUGAACAUGAAACAUAAAAUAAGUUCAUGGUUUUAAUAUCUUUUUCACCAGAUUUUGUGCAGAGUUGGAAAUUGUACUUUGUUUUUUAUAGGCUUGAAUCUUAAAGCCGUCAUAUAGCUCCAGACCCCAGUACUGUCUUAAAGUGUGAAUGACACCAAAGAUGUUUUUUUUUUCUUAAAUACAACAAAAAACUCAAAAUGUGGCUUUAUAUUUUUAUGUCGUUGUGUUAAAAAGGUUCAAUGUUGUUACCUAGUAACGCCAUUUUUUAUAUCUCCAAAAUGUAUAUUGUUCAGCCCCUUAUCCUUCCGAAUACUAACACAAUAAUUGUUGAACCAGGUUCCACGACGUUUAUGUUGUUAGAUUUUAUAAGAUUUAUUGUUUUAUAAAUCAUUUUCUGGUUUGGUCAAAAAUUAUGAAAUGGAACACUGUGACAGUACGGUUUACAAAAAUAAUGUGCACAAAAGGUUGGGCCUAAUUCCAUUGAGUUACAAAGCAGAAGGAUUUGUUUUACGAAGCACUGUAAGCUCCAAUUCCAUUCAGCUGCUCAGCACUGAAUAAAUUUGCUUAGCAGAGACAGGGUACCAGACAGUAUAUUUCUGCAUGUAUGCAUAUUGGAUUGUGACUGGUGCCUUGCUAAUACGGUAUUUACCAAUGACAUUUGCUUAGCAAUGUUUGUCUGCUUAGUAGCUCAAUGCAAUUGGGCCCUGGUAUACAACAUUUUGAAUGUUGUUUUGGUUGUUGAAUGUUACUGUUUGUGCUCUGCUUAUUUGGUUUCACAAGCAGUGGUAAAAAAAAACAAGGUGUUCGUGUCUGAAAAAUAAUGAAAUAGUUGGCGACUAUUAUGAAGAGAUUGUUUGUAUAACCGAAGUUGACGUGUACCAGAAAGUGUGUUUUCAGAUUUUGUGGUCAUCAGCUCUCAAAUUUGUAAUUUUUUUUUUCUCAGAAAAGUGGCAUUCUUAUACUUGAUUAGAUAACGUAAGAAUGGCCACUCUUUUUCUGGCAAGAUUUUGAAACUGGAAUCUUGACAAACAUGUUCUUGGCAAGGGAUCAAAUGAAUUUGUGAAAGUCUUUUUGGGAAAGAAAUGUUCUGGAACUUGUUGAAAUAAAUAUACGUGAAGGCAAGCUUUAUAUGAAA